AUGACCACAGGAUCGUUUGCAUCUACCGAAUCUGCUCAUUUGGAAGGAUCUUCUGGAUCAUCUGCGAACAAUCAAAUUGUGCAGCUUCCUGUGCAAUCACAACAUCAACCUGCCACUGCUCCAAGGGCUAUGACUCGUCUACAAAAAGGUGAACCAGCAAAAUUGAGCGAUGCACUUGGAGAUCCUAAGUGGAAAAAGGACAUGGAUGAAGAAUAUGGUGCACUCAUAAAGAAUAAGACAUGGCACUUGGUGCCAAGUCAAAGAGGUAUUGAAGUUAAGAAGAUUCAAGAUGGCAUAGUAUUAAGUCAGGAAAAAUGUGCCACUGAACUUCUAACUCGCAUGGGAAUGAAAGACUACAAGCCUUCACCCACACCAUUGUCUUCUUCGAAGCAACUUUCAGCACAUGAAGGAGAAUCACUUAAGGAAGAGGAUAGCACAAAAUAUAGAAGUACUGUUGGAGCUCUACAGUAUUUGACUUUGACACUGCCAGACAUAUCAUUUGCUGUAAGCAAGUUCAGACGUUGUAGUUCUUCUCUUGUUAGUGCUUUCUCUGAUGCUGACUGGGCAGGAUGUAGUGAUGACAGAAGGUCAACUGGAGGGUUUGCAGUAUUCUUUGGUUCAAACCUUAUUUCUUGGAGUGCUAGAAAACAAGCUACGGUGUCAAGGUCAAGUACAGAGGCCGAGUACAAAUCAUUAGCAAAUGCCACUGCCAAGAUCAUUUGGGUGGAAUCAUUGCUUAAUGAAUUGGGAAUUAAGCAACAUCGUGUUCCAUGUUUGUGGGUGGCAGAGAAGAAGUUGGACAUAAGGUUUAUACCAUCCAAGGAUCAAGUAGCAGAUGGGUUCACUAAAGCUUUGCCAGUUAAGCCCUUUGAAGAGUUCAAGAGAAAUCUUAAUAUAGGAUAG